UCCACUAAAUGGUAAAUGUUGAAACACUGUGGUGCUUUACAAGAGCGAAUAUUGUGAUCAUCGUCUCCUACCUAGGGUUCUUCCUAAUUGCUUCUCAAUCGAACGAAAUCUGUUUCGAAUUCUCUCUAUUUCGAUCAAUCUCUCAGAAUUUCUUGACGUCUGAAGAGGUUUUGACUUGUGAGUGUAACGAUGAAUGCAAAAACGAAAUCAAGAAAUGUUACAGAAAACGGGGGCACUGUUGAAGAUUCAAUACUUAUGACUUUAAUAGGCAACGGUGAGGAUUUAGCUCCAAUGGUAAGACAUUCAUUUCAAACGGGAAAACCCGAAAACCUUCUUUACCAACUCAAAAACGUUGCAAAGCGAAAAGAAGUCGAAGUUGAAGAACUAUGCAAACUCCACUACGAAGAAUUCAUCGUUGCAGUCGAUGAGCUUCGAGGUGUGCUUGUUGACGCAGACGCGUUAAAAACCGAGCUCGCAAGUGAUAAUUUUCGGUUACAAGAAAUCGGGAGUGCGUUACUUUCACGCCUUGAAGAUUUGCUUGAAUCGUAUUCAAUCAAGAAAAACAUUGCAGAAGCGGUUAAAACGUCAAGAACCUGCGCCGAAGUGUUGGAUCUUUGUAUAAAGUGUAACCGACAUUUGUCUGAAGGUCGGUUUCACCCUGCGUUAAAAGCUGUUGAUCAGAUAGAGAAGAGUUAUAAGAAUAUUCCCGUUAAGGCAGUUAGAAAUUUAAUAGAGAAGCGGGUCCCGGUUAUUAAAAAUCAUAUCGAAAAAAGCGUUUGCGGUGAAAUUAACGAAUGGUUGGUUCAUAUACGAAGCACUUCGAAAGAUAUCGGACAAAAAGCAAUCGGUUUUGCAUCUUCUGCUCGUCAAAGAAACGAAGAUUUGCUUGCUCGCCAGAAAAAAGCCGAAGAAGUUGGUGAUUUCACUUAUUCAUUAGAUGUUGAAGAAGUUGAAGAAACGUCUGUUUUAAAAAUUAAUUUAACGCCUCUUUAUCGGGCGUACUAUAUCCAUGUAUGUCUCGGGAUUGGUGAUAAGUUUCGUGAAUAUUAUUACAAAAACCGAAUGUUGCAGUUGAGUUCAGAUUUACAAGUGUCACCGGGUCAACCGGGUCAACACUUUCUUGGAUCACAUCAGACUUAUUUGGCACAAAUUGUCGGUUACUUCAUUGUUGAGGAUCGGGUUCUUAGGACAGCUGGUGAUUUGUUAUCGGCUAAUCAAGUUGAAGCAAUGUGGGAAACGGCUGUAACUAAGUUGACUUUGACUUUGGAAAAUCAGUUAUCUGAAAUGGAUACUGCAAGUCAUCUUCUUCUUGUGAAAGACUACGUGACACUUUUCGGGGCGGCUUUAAGACAAUACGGGUAUGAUGUGGGCCCAAUUCUUAAAACGUUGACCAAUAGUCGGGAUAAGUAUCAUGAGUUACUUUUGACUGAGUGUAAAAGUCAAAUCAAGGAUGCGGUUAUUAACGAUGAUUGUAAGCAAAUGGUUAUGAAUGAGUCGGAAUAUCAGUCAAACGUCGUAUGUUUUCAUCUUCAAACGUCGGAUAUUACGCCGGCUUUCCCGUAUGUUGCUCCGUUUUCGUCAAUGGUUCCUGGUUGUUGUCGGAUAGCUAGAUCGUUCAUUAAGGAUUCGGUUAGUUACUUGUCUUAUGGUGGUCAAAGUCAAACCAACUUCUUUGACUUUGUGAGAAAGUAUCUUGACAAGCUGUUAAUCGACGUUUUAAACGAAGUUAUUCUCACCACAAUUCAAACUGGCAGCACAGAUGUAUCUCAAGCAAUGCAGGUUGCCGCAAAUAUAUCGUUUCUGGAACGUGCGUGCGAUUAUUUUCUUCAAACCGCAGCCAAACAAUGUGGCAUUCCCGCUCGAAUAAUCGCGAGACCUCAAACUACUAUAACGGCAAAAAUGGUGUUAAAAACUUCACGUGAUGAAGCUUAUGUUACUCUUUCGAACUCGGUCAACACUAAGUUGACCGAGUAUCUCGCCCUUACCGAGAACGUAAACUGGACCAUUGACGACGUGACACAACAUAAAAGUGAUUACAUGCACGAGGUUGUUAUUUAUAUCGACACUAUUUUAUCCGCCGCACAACAGAUUCUACCUCUUGAUGUCGUGUAUAAAAUCGGCAACGGGGUGUUUGAGCAUGUUAAUAAUUCGUUUAUGGAUACGUUAGUUAGUGAUAGUGUGAAGCGGUUUACUGCAAAUGCGGUUAUGGGCGUCAAUAAUGAUCUGAAAAAUCUGGAACAAUUUGCGGAUGAGCAAUUUCAUGGUACGGGAUUAAGCGACGUGUACAAAGAAGGUGGUUUUAGAGGGUGUUUGCUUGAAGUGAGACAACUGGUUAAUCUUUUGUUGAGCAGUCAGCCUGAGAAUUUCAUGAAUCCGACGAUACGUAUGAAGAAUUACAACGCGUUGGAUCACAAGAAAGUGGGGACGAUUUGUGACAAGUAUAAAGAUGCACCUGAUGGACUGUUUGGAAGCCUUUCGAACAGAGGUGGUAAACAGAGUGACCAGAAAAAGUCAAUGGAUGUGUUGAAGAAAAGGUUAAAGGAGUUCAACUGAGGAUUAAAUGGUAAGUAGAUUUUAGUUGAGAAGUUUUGGCGAGAGUCGAAUAGGUCGAUUUUGUUUUUUUCGAACUUUCGGUUAUAUUUAUUUAUUUGUUUGAUUUUGUGGAUGAUAAUUUAAUUACUUAAUUUUCUAGUUCCUGCUAUCUGAGUUUAUAAA